CCCGAUUUUCUCUCUCUCUGUUCUCUCUCCCUCUCCCCACUCCCAAACCUCUCAAUUCGCUCGCCCUGAUCUCCAAAAUCAAACCUCUAAUUUGCUCGCGUCUCCGGCGAAUUCGACGCCUCAUCGUCGCAAAUUCGCAGGUUCGAUCCCGAAUCCGGCGCUGCUUCUUGUGGUCUCCGGCGAUGGCCACACGCGUCUAGGGUUUUCCCGGCUCCAAACCCGAUCGAUUCGGCGGCGCUUCCGACGAUGGACGGCAACAAUAUUCCCCUCCCCCUUUUGGCAUUGUUCUCGCCUCUCGCCGGUGGUUUCCACCCCCUCGGAGCUCGGAAUCAGUGGUUUUCCGGUUCGUUAUCUCGAGUUUCUUCUAGCGGUUCGCCUGAAUUCGGCGAGGUGCGAUCAAGAUUCGCCAUGGCUAGCUCCGGCGAUGGAGAGAACGGCGAGAACCGCCGGACCGCGACGAGCCCGGCGAUCCGUCGUCGAUCGACGCGUCCUCGGUGGAGUGCGGGCCGAGCUCGAGGGUUUCGAGGGGGGCAGCCGAGGAGAUUGGGAUGGCGGAGAGGCUGACGGACGUCUUCGGCGGGGGAGGCAGCGGAGCGAUCGGGAGGAUAGGGUUCUGCAGGCGUUCGAUAAGCAAGUGGUUGGGGCCUGCCGUGCGGAUGAGAGAUUGAAGCCGUUGUUGAAGUCGAGUGGGUCGAGUAGCGCGGCUAAGGAUCGGUUGUUGGCUCACCUCAGUCGGCAUUUCGAGCCUGCGGAAGUUGGAAUACUGGCCAGAUGCUUUUGCAUGCCACUUGUUUCGAUUCGAGUUGGCAAGAUAGACAAGCAAAGGACUCUUCUUUGCCCCACAUCAACAAGGAGAUCAUGUUGUCAGUCUUCUUUGCAGGCAGCUAGUUUAAAAUAUUCUAGAUAAAAGUAUUUGACACAUAUUGAUAUACUAGUAAGUUUGUGUAAGUAAACGUCAGAUGCUGGACCGUAAUAGUUUUUUUGUUUUCUGAUGUAGUUCUCUUCUUGUUGGAAUUUUUUUGGAUACAUAUGGAUAUAGGUAUUAGUGGCAGUAAUAUUGGCUGAUGGACAGUAGUUUAUCUUUACCCUACUAUGCUUUCUUCAUAAUGGGAGAUUUACCCUCUUGACAAUUA